AUGGAGCGCAAUAUCGACAUCUACGCCAGCAAGCUGGGGGAUGAGAAGAUUGAUAUCAAGGUCAGAGCCAAUGUCGCAGUCGAAUUACGAGAUAAUAUCGAGCCGCUAUGCUCUGGUGCAAGCUACCCGCUUUUCCUCGCGAAGCUGUGGCCGGUUUUCAAGACGAUCUUGAAAGGCGAUCCGGUGUUUACGAACUUGUCGUUCGACCAGAAACUGCGCAAUUGCGUUCUCGAGACCCUUCACCGGCUGCCAACCGCUUCCCUCGAUGUCGAACCCUAUGCGGAGGAUAUGGUCGACCUGCUGAUGGAUCUCGUGCGAGUCGAAAACGAAGAGAAUGCGGUACUGUGUAUGAAGACGAUCAUGGACCUCGAACGCAACCAGCCAAAGGCCACCGCCGGUCGAGUGCAGCCGUUCCUCGAGCUUAUCCAGGAAAUGUUCCAGACCAUGGAGCAAGUGGUUCGCGACACCUUCGACACUCCCAGUCAGAACACACCGUCCGGGAUGCCCUCGACACCUGGUGCCACAGCGCAGGUCUUCCAGUCUCCUCGUCCGAGCUCGCCAGCUACAUCCGUCGCCGAUCUUGCACCGGAUCACCAACCAGGAAAUGUUUUGCUGAAGGGAAUGCAGUCGUUCAAGGUCCUAGCCGAAUGCCCGAUUAUUGUCGUUUCGAUUUUCCAGUCGCAUCGUGCUUCCGUUUCCGCCAAUGUCAAGCUGUUUGUGCCGCUCAUCAAGAGCAUUCUUCUUCUACAAGCUAAGCCGCAGGAGAAAGCUCAUACGGAGGCCGCACAGCAGGGGAAGAUCUUCACGGGGGUAUGCAAGGAAAUCAGAAAUCGAGCUGCGUUUGGCGAGUUUAUUACGGCGCAGGUCAAGACAAUGAGCUUUUUGGCAUAUCUGCUCCGGAUGUACGCGCAUCAACUCCAGGACUUUCUUCCUACUCUCCCGACUGUGGUUGUCCGUCUUCUGCAAGACUGCCCAAGGGAGAAGUCCAGUGCCAGGAAGGAGCUUCUGGUGGCCAUUCGUCACAUAAUCAACUUCAACUAUCGGAAGAUCUUCCUGGAGAAGAUCGACGAACUCCUCGACGAGCGGACGCUGAUUGGCGAUGGCCUUACCGUGUACGAGACAAUGAGACCGCUUGCAUACAGCAUGCUAGCCGACCUAAUUCACCAUGUACGAGAUCACCUCACACGAGAUCAGAUUCGGCGGACGGUCGAGGUAUACACGAAAAACCUCCAUGACGACUACCCCGGCACAAGUUUCCAGACGAUGAGCGCGAAGUUGCUUCUGAACAUGGCAGAGAGGAUAUCCAAACUCGAGGAUAAGGGGGAGGCUCGCUACUUCUUGAUUAUGAUCCUGGAUGCGAUUGGUAACAAGUUUGCGACAAUGAACCACCAAUUUGACAACGCCGUCAAAGUGUCCACUGCGUCCAAGGAGAAGGCCGCGAAGGAGGCCGAGUCUACUUUGGAGAUAUACCAAGCUGAGCAGGAACAGCCCCCAGAAUGGGAUGAGAUCGACAUCUUUUCCGCACACCCCAUCAAGACUUCGAAUCCUCGCGAUCGCACUGGUGACCCCGUGGCGGAUAAUAUCUUCCUCUUCAAGAAUCUGAUCAAUGGAUUGAAAAACAUUUUCCAUCAGUUGAAGAACUGCAACCCUGACAAUGUCCAGAUCGACCCUGGCAGUCUUCCCAUUAACUGGUCCGAGGUCUCGUACGGGUACAAUUCUGAGGAAGUACGGGUUAUCAAGAAGCUGUUCCACGAGGGCGCUCGCGUUUUCAAGUAUUAUGGCGUUGAUCAAAGCCCACCGGAAAUGAAUUACUCCUCGCCAUUCGACUUCCUUGCAAGCCAAUACACAGCGCCUAUGUCGCGGGAGGAGAAGGAGCUCCUGGAGAGUUUUGGUACCGUCUUCCACUGCAUCGACACGGCCACGUUCCACGAAGUCUUUCAUUCCGAGAUCCCAUACCUGCAUGACCUCAUGUUUGAACAUGGUGCAUUGCUUCAUUUGCCCCAGUUCUUCCUGGCAAGUGAGGCGACAUCACCUGCUUUCUCUGGAAUGGUGCUUCAGUAUCUCAUGGAGCGGAUUGAUGAGGUUGGGACGUCUGAUAUGACCAAGGCAAAAAUUUUGCUUCGGAUGUUUAAGCUCUCGUUUAUGGCCGUGACUCUUUUCUCCCUCCAGAAUGAGCAGGUGCUGCAUCCUCAUGUCACCAAGAUCGUCACCAAGUGCAUUGAGCUUUCGGUCACUGCUGAGCAACCCAUGAAUUACUUCCUCCUUUUGCGUUCCCUCUUCCGCAGUAUUGGUGGUGGCCGUUUCGAGCUCCUGUACAAGGAAAUCCUUCCGCUGUUGGAGAUGCUUCUGGAGACGUUCAACAACCUGUUAAUCGCUGCGCGCAAGCCACAGGAACGUGAUCUCUACGUCGAACUCACCCUUACCGUUCCUGCUCGUCUGAGCCAUCUCUUGCCUCACCUCAGUUACCUCAUGCGUCCCAUUGUGGUUGCUCUGCGCGCGGACUCGGAGCUUGUUGGACAAGGUCUUAGAACUCUUGAACUUUGUGUCGACAAUCUCACGGCCGACUAUCUUGAUCCAAUUAUGUCACCCAUCAUGGACGAAUUAAUGACAGCUCUCUGGGAUCACCUGCGUCCUCAUCCCUACAACCAUUUCCACGCUCAUACCACCAUGAGGAUUCUUGGUAAGCUCGGUGGUCGGAACAGGAAGUUCCUUAACCACCCGCCUGAGCUUUCGUUUGAGCAAUUCGCCGACGAUGCUCCGAGCUUCGAUGUUAAGCUUAUUGGCCCGAAUGAGAGGCGGCCUUUCCCUAUUGAGAUCGGCAUCGACUUGGCUAUCGGGAAGCUCAUGGAGGCACCGAAGACCACUUCUGGGAAGGACUCCGAUGAGUACUACAAGCAUGAAGCUUACCGCAUGAUAACGUCGCAGCUGAAGCUCUACAUUGGCUAUGAAAACCUACCGGACGAUUUCGCGUCGAUUCUUCGUCUCCACGCCAAUGACCUCGUCGAGGGAAGGACGACGGCUGUGGCUGACAUCCUGGAGAAAUCUGAGCGAUCUAGCUCAAUCCAGAAGAAGCUGAACCAGGAGGGGCUCUUGAAGAAACUGCUUAAAGCGACAAUCUUUGCUACAACAGUCCCCGAGCUUGAGCAGUCCGCGACAGCGUUUGUAACCGAUGUCUGUAAGCAUUUCGCCAUCGUUGAGGUGGGACGAGCGCUUGCUCAGGCUAGGCACACUCGUAAGCAGUUUGAUGUCUCCAGUGGAGAAGGUCCUAUCUAUCUCGACUCGAGAGUUCUCGCAGAAGCUGUGGUUGAGAGUCUUUCAUCCGAUGACGCUAGUGUCCAGGACGGAGCCCAUACUGUGUUGAACGUUAUGAAGGAGGCGGCCAUUGUGAUCUUUGGGUCACCUGAGAAGGCCUCCAAGCUGCCCUUCUUCCAGCAUCUUGGCCGGGUUUUUUGCCAUAGCUGUCAUAGUGAGGAGUGGUUUACGAAGGCUGGAGGUAGUCUCGGCAUCCAUUUGUUCGCGACCAAGCUGGACUUGGGAGACUCAUGGUUGUUCGAUAAGCAAGCUGAAUUCGUUCGUGCAUUGAUGUACGUUAUCAAGGAUACGCCAUCUGACCUACCUGCCAACACGCGUUUACGGGCACGGGAUACCCUUGAUGUAAUUCUGCGAAGAUGCAUCAAGCAGGUGUCCAAGGACGAUUUGAAGAAUGAGAAGAGCCGGUUGUUCUCCCUUUGCGGUUUCUUCGUCUAUGAGUUAUCGCAUAUGAACAGGCACGUUCGUGAUGCUUCUCGACGCAGCUUCUCCACCAUUGCUGAUGUCCUGGGGUGCGAGGUGCAUGAGCUCAUUUUCCCAGUUAAAGACCGUCUCUUGCAGUCAAUUUUCAACAAGCCUCUGCGGGCCUUGCCAUUUGCGACUCAGAUCGGUUUCAUCGAUGCGAUCACCUUCUGCCUGGGCCUCCACAACAAUAUUGUCACUUUCAACGAUCCCCUGAACCGCCUGAUGCUUGAAUCUCUUGCCCUUGCAGACGCCGAUGAUGAGUCCCUUGCCACCAAGCCGAACGAGUUUAAGAAUGCCGAUAUGAUCAUCUGUCUGCGGGUGGCUUGUCUCCGACUACUGUCGAUGGCAAUGAGUUUCCCUGAAUUUGCCAACACCCCGCAGAACACUAGUCGCGCACGUAUAAUUUCGGUGUUCUUCAAGUCGCUCUAUUCCAAAUCGUCUGAUGUUAUCGAGGCCGCGAAUGCCGGGCUGAGAGAUGUAUUGACACAGACGAACAAGCUGCCCAAAGAUCUUCUCCAGAACGGUCUCCGCCCUAUACUCAUGAACUUGCAAGACCCUAAGCGGUUGAGCGUUGCGGGUCUUGACGGACUUGCCCGGCUUCUGACUUUGCUCACCAAUUACUUCAAGGUCGAAAUCGGAGCUCGUCUUCUGGAGCACAUGAAGGUCAUUGCAGAUGAGGCGACUUUGCAGAAGGUGUCCUUCAGUCUUGUUGAGCAGAGCCCACCGAUGAAGAUUGUGGCUGCUAUCUUCAACAUCUUCCACCUCCUUCCGCCCGCAGCUACGUCUUUCAUGGAGCACCUUGUCAACAAAGUCCUGGAUCUCGAAGACAAACUGCGGCGGACAUCGAAUAGCCCGUUCCGGAAACCGCUCGUCAAGUAUCUCAACCGCUAUCCGAAAGAAAGCCUAGCUUUCUUCCUAGCUCGUUUCAAGGACGAGCGGUUCGGACGGUUUUUUGGGCAGAUCAUUUCGGACCCGGAAAGCGAGGGGUUAAGAAAUGCAGUUGUUGCCGAUACUGAUAACUUCACUUCAGUUGCGUUCGGGCAAGAGUCCGAGACGACUGCUGCCAUCAAUGGUAUCUAUGUCGCUCAUGCCCUUUCUUGCUACCAGUCGACCAAGAAGUGGCUCGUUUCUCAUCCGGAUACGAGGGUUAAGAUUUUGCAUUCUGGCCGGGAUCUUGAGAAGAAGCUCCGUGCUGAUCAGAUCAUGGCGAGCGAGCGGUUACGGGUUGAGCAAGCAGAGGAACAGCUCAUGGAUAUCUUCACCACUUAUCUGUCGGAGUCAAUUCAGGACUUGGACUUUUUGUUUGAGGUUAUUGAUGGCCUCUCUGCGGAGGAGUUGAAGCGUACACUGGCGUUCCCCAAGUUCAUUUACCAUCAUAUCAUCACGAACGAGUCCAUCGACUACAGGCGAUCAGUCGUGAUGCGCUGCUUGGAUCUAUACGGCCAGCGGUCGUGCACGCAGAAGAUGAAGACGUACGCCUUCCGCAACUUGGUGAAUCCGAUCUUUGCCAUGGACGUUCAGCUCUCGUGGAACCACCCUCAGAACACGCCCAAGCUCAUGGACAAGAGUAUGACUGAAUCGAUUCAAAGCCGUUUGUGGCGGCCUCAGUUAUCCGACUUGGCUGAGGAGUCGAUCCAGAUUGGAGUUGACCACUCGCGUAUGGAGCUGCUUCAGCUGUCCGCUUUGCUGAUCAAGUACCACUCCACUACUGUGCAAGACUCUCGGAAGGAUAUCAUCAAGUUCGCUUGGAACUAUAUUCGACUUGAGGAUAUUAUCAACAAGUAUGGUGCCUACGUCCUCAUCAGCUACUUCAUCGCCCAUUACGAGACGCCUUUCAAGAUCGUGAUCCAGGUCUAUGUUGCUCUGCUUAGGGCGCAUCAGAACGAGGGCAAGGCUUUGGUUACUCAGGCAUUGGACGUUCUGGCGCCUGUUUUGCCCACGAGAGUCCUGGCGGCGAACAGUGCGAGCACCACCAACAAUAGCCAAGCGACGGAUGCACGGUAUCCUCUGUGGGCGAAGUGGCCGCGUCGCAUCCUGGCCGAAGAAACUGCCAACCUGCAGCAGGUCAUGUCCAUCUUCCAGUUCCUGGUUCGGCAGCCAGAUCUCUUUUACGAGUCGCGAGAGCAUUUUGUGCCGCUCAUUGUUCCUUCUCUGAUCAAGAUCGCUCCGCCGCUUAGCAACUCGAACGAGGCUAAGAAGCUUGCGUUGAAUCUGAUGAACCUUAUUUGGUACUGGGAGGAGAAGAGAAUGAAGAAUACCACGCCCAGUGUCAAUGGUAAUGGUGCGCUUGAUUCGCCGUCGAAGAAGCGAAAGGUCGAAGAGAACCAAAGCGCGCCGGCUUCCUCACCUGCGCUUGGUCCGCCCAGUUCUACUACUCGCGAGCGUGGAGAAUACACUGUGCCUCCUGACUUGCGGGCUGCGAUGACAAAGUACCUCAUUACGUUUAUCACGACCAUCUCGGAACGGUUCCCGGUUCCCGCCGCUCGGAUUCGGGAUCUCUCGACGACAAAGACACAGCAGCCUGUGAUGACGGGUGAUAUGAUCAAGAAGGCUGUUUAUCUCCUGAGGAACCUUUUGUCUCCCGAGCAUUGGGGUGAAAUUGAUGUCGAGCUCUAUCCGAAAGCCACAGACCCGAUUCUGGCUAGUGAGAGGGCGGAUAAACCCGACGAGAAGCAUCUUACGCACAUGGUCAAUGCCCUGCAAGUUGCUCGGAUUUUGCUUGCUUCAAAGUCCGAUGACUGGAUUGCACCUCGAUUGCCGGCAAUUCAGAAAUUGUUUGAGAAGUCUUUGCGAUGCGACAACCCGGAGAUCCAGGAUUGCUUGCACGGUACGGAAGAGGAAAUGGAUAUCUUUCCCAAGUUGCCGUCGCCCGUUAAACGUGUUCUGGAUUCCCUGCCGGAUGAUCAGCCCGAGGAAGAGGAUGCCAUGGAUGUUGACAGCUCGCCGUCCGAGUUUGUGACCUAUCUUUCGGCAAUUGCGACAGAGACUCUUUCGGCAAGCAAUUACAUCUCGAGUUUGAAUGCGUUGUGGUCGCUUUCCAAGAAGAAGCCUGCUGAGAUGGAUGUGCAUAUUCCGCAGGUUAUGAAGGCGUUCUCCCAGAAACUCGCCAAGGAGCAUGUUGCGGCUACUGCUAACAGUCAGGGUCAAUACCCACUGGGUGUCAAGCCCGGCGAGGGGGUGCCUGAUCAGCAGGAGUUUGAGAUCGGAGUCGACCUCAUUUUCAAGACUAUUGAACUGAUUUCAGUGCGCAUGUCGCAUCUUGGGGAGCAGCGACGUCCGUUCCUUAGUGUGUUGGCGCAGCUGGUGGAGCGAUCGCAAAAUGUCAAGCUUUGCAGCAAGGUGCUUGGAAUGGUGGAGACCUGGGUCUUCCAUUCUACGGAGUCGUGGCCGACGUUGAAGGAGAAAACGGCUGUUUUGCACAAGAUGCUGCUCUUUGAGACGCGGUCUGAUCAAACUAUGGUCAAGAAGUUUUUGGAUCUUGUUAUUCGGAUCUAUGAGGAUUCUAAGAUCACGAGGACUGAAUUGACGGUCAGGCUGGAGCAUGCUUUCUUGAUAGGUACCAGGGCGCAGGAUGUUGAGAUGCGGAAUCGGUUCAUGAAUAUCUUCGACAGGAGUUUGACGCGUCUUGCUAGUUCGCGGUUGAGUUAUGUGAUGACUUGCCAGAACUGGGAUACGCUUGCCGAUUCGUUUUGGUUGGCGCAGGCGUCGCAUCUUGUAUUGGGAUGUAUCGACAUGACCACUUCUGCCAGGCUGCAUCCGGAUGAUUUUACUGUUUCGUCUGUGACAUUCCUUUUCAGCAGUUCGGAGAAGGAUUCCAGGAAAUCCGAUGUUAUGGUUGAUAGUUCGCUGGAGGCUUUUGUUUCUGACCGCAGACGAUUCCUGGCGGAGAUUGGUGAUGUGAAGGUCCGAGAUCUGCUCGAGCCCUUGUGUCAACUUCAACAUACCGACCCCGCGGUAUCCCAGAAGCUGUGGACGACGUUGUUUACGGUUGUCUGGUCGACAUUGUCCAAGGAUGACCGGAUCGAUCUUGAGAAGGGAAUGGUUCCUCUGAUCACGCGCGAAUAUCACCAGCGACAGCUCGACAAGCGGCCAAACGUCGUGCAAGCCCUUCUCGAGGGGGCGGUUCGGGCCCGGCCACGAUUCAAGAUUCCCCCUCAUGUCAUGAAGUAUCUCAGUCGCACGUAUGAUGCUUGGUACACUGCUGCGACGUAUCUGGAGGAGACUGCCAUUAGUCCGAUAAUCGACACACCAACCGUCCGCGAAAGCAAUCUGGAUGCUCUAGUGGAAGUUUACGCAGGGUUGCAAGAGGACGACUUCUUCUACGGUACAUGGCGGCGCCGUUGCAAGUUCGUUGAGACCAAUGCCGCCAUUUCGUACGAGCAGCAAGGCAUGUGGGACAAGGCGCAGCAAUUGUACGAAAACGCACAGAUCAAGGCUCGCUCUGGAGCCAUGCCCUUCUCGCAGGGAGAGUACUUUCUAUGGGAAGACCACUGGUUGAUUUGCGCCCAGAAGCUGCAGCAAUGGGAGAUCCUCAGUGACUUUGCCAAGCACGAGAAUCUGAACGAUCUUCUCCUGGAGGCUGCUUGGAGGAAUGUCGAGAACUGGCAGAGCGAAAAUAACCGGGAGCAGCUCGAGUCUCUGAUCAAAUCGGUUUCGGAUGCGCCAACGCCCCGUCGCACGUUCUUCCAUGCGUUUAUGGCGUUGCUUCAGUACCAUCUCAAGAAGGAGAACAUUCAGGAGUUCAACGGUAUUUGCGACGAGUCGAUUCAGUUGUCAAUUCGGAAGUGGCUUCAGUUGCCUAAGCGGAUUACUAACGCUCACAUACCUAUUUUGCAGCACUUCCAGCUUCUGGUUGAGUUGCAUGAUGCGAGUCAUAUCUGUUCUAGUCUGUCGCAAACGAAUGAUCGGAACCUGGAUACGAAGUCUGCUGAAUUGAAGCUCUUGCUGGGAACGUGGAGAGACCGCCUUCCCAACCUCUGGGACGACAUCAAUGCUUGGCAGGACCUUGUUACUUGGCGCCAGCACAUCUUCCAACUUAUCAACGCUACGUACCUUGGGUUGUUGCCUCCGCAGACGAACAAUGUCGCCAGCAAUUCGUACGCUUACCGGGGUUACCACGAGACCGCAUGGAUCAUCAACCGUUUCGCGCAUGUGGCUCGCAAGCACCAGAUGCCCGAGGUGUGUAUCAACCAGCUGAGUCGCAUCUACACGCUGCCGAACAUCGAAAUCCAAGAAGCGUUCUUGAAGUUGCGCGAGCAGGCCAAGUGCCACUACCAGAACCAGAAGGAGCUCACCAGUGGUCUGGACGUCAUCAACAACACCAACCUGAAUUAUUUCGGGGCUCAGCAGAAGGCGGAGUUCUAUACUCUCAAGGGUAUGUUCUUGGCUAAGUUGAAGUCGGUCAAGGAUGCCAACGAGGCAUUUGGUGUUGCUCUGUACUAUGAUUUGCGACUUGCGAAGGCGUGGUCUGAAUGGGGUCAGUACAGCGACCAUCGGUUCAAGGCUGAUCCUAAAGACUACGAACUGGCGAGCAACGCUGUUAGCUGUUACCUGGAGGCUGCUGGUCUCUACAAGAACGCCAAGUCGAGGAAGUUGCUCAGUCGGAUUCUUUGGAUUUUGAGUCUGGAUGACGAGGAGGGACGUAUCGCUAGUGCGUUUGAGAACUUCAAGGGAGACACGCCGGUUUGGUACUGGAUUACGUUUAUUCCGCAAUUGCUUACUAGCUUGUCGCAUCGCGAGGCACGUCUUUGCAAGGCGGUUCUGGUCAAGAUCGCCAAGUUAUACCCGCAGGCGCUUUUCUUCUUGCUUCGGACGAACAGAGAGGACAUGCUCAGUAUCAAGAAACAGCAUGAUCAGAAGCAGGAGAAGUUGAACCGUGUCAGACAGGCACAGCAACAGCAACAGCAACAGCAGGGCCAGUCGCAAGGCUCGCCACAGGCCAAACCUCCCAACGGCAAUACGAAUGGCUCACCGGCGCAGACUUCGAAUCCGAGUGCCAACGCUAGUCCGGUUGUGAACGGUCAGCCGAUGGCCAAACAGCCAUCGCAGAGCCCGGCUCAACCUCAACAGCAAUUGCCGCAACAAGGCCAACAAUCGACUCCGAACCCAGGUCAGAUGCAGCCUCCUCAAGGUAUCCCGGGUCAGCCUCCGGUUCCGGGACAACAACAACAGUUCCAGCAACCGCCAGUUCCUGGACAGAAUGGCGCGCAACCGCAGAACCAGGGUACUGGUGCAGAGCCAGAAAAGGAGCCGCUUAAGAAGCCGUGGGAGUAUUCGGAUGAGAUCAUGUCUGGUCUCAAAACUGCUUUCCCGUUGCUUGCACUGUCGAUGGAGACGAUGGUCGAUCAGAUCCACAAGAACUUCAAGUGCCCGCCCGACGAGGACGCGUACCGUCUUAUCGUCGCUCUUCUCAAUGAUGGUUUGGCGUAUGUUGGCCGCAUGCCAGGGUCGUAUGCUCAAGAUUUCAAGCUGCCUCCCGCGACCGAAGCCAACAUCACGCGAUUUGCUGAGACCAUCUUGCCCGCGCAUAUUCGCAAGUCGUUCGAGGUUGACUUUGUGGUCAAGAAGCCGACUAUGUACGAGUACAUCCAGAAACUGCGUCGCUGGCGUGACAAGUUCGAGGAGAAACUCGACCGGCGACCUCAGUUCCAGUUCCUGGAGAGCUACUCGCCGCAUCUCAGCGAAUUCCGAUUCCUCAAAUUCGACGAGGUCGAGGUACCGGGCCAGUACUUGUUGCAUAAGGACAAGAACCAGGAUUUCGUCCGCAUUGACCGUUUCUUACCGGACAUUGAUCUGGUGCGCGGUAUUGGUGUCUGUCAUCGUCGUCUCAAAAUUCGCGGCCAUGACGGUAGUAUUCAUCCAUUCGCUGUGCAGCAUCCUGCGGCCCGUCACUGUCGUCGCGAAGAGCGGAUCUUGCAGUUAUUCCGUAUCUUAAACGGACUGCUUGGUAAACGCACGGAAAGUCGGCGACGCAACUUAUACUUCCACCUUCCGCUUAUGGUUCCUUUGGCUCCUCAUAUCCGGCUGGUUCGCGAUGAUCCGUCGUAUAUCUCCAUGCAAGGCAUCUACGAGGAUUACUGUCGUCGUGUUGGCAUCAAUAAGGAUGAGCCGGUGCUGUUUACUAUGGAGAAGUUGAGGUCGUUGGCAGAGACAAAGCACAACCGCAAUGCCGAUCAACAACAAGUCUUGCGCACUGAAAUCCUCACGGCCAUUCAAGAGAAGUGGGUUCCCAGUAACGUGGUGCUGGACUUCUUCCAGCAAAUAUACCCCAACUUUUCCGAUUUCUGGCUCUUCCGUCGCCAGUUUGCCUUCCAGUACGCUGCUAUUGCGUUCAUGACAUACGUGAUGCACAUGGGCAACAGAUACCCCAACAAGAUCAUGAUUUCGCGCUCGACCGGCGACAUCUGGGGAUCUGAGUUGAUUCCUACCAUCAACCCAGCCAAAGCCUUCUUCUACAACCCCGAGCAAGUUCCGUUCCGCUUCACUCCCAACAUCCAGACAUUGUUGGGCCCGAUUGCCACUGAAGGUGUCUUCGCCUGUGCGAUGAUGGCAAUUGCGCGCUGCCUGACAGAGCCGCGCCACGAACUGGAGCAGCAACUGAGCAUUUUCGUCCGUGACGAGAUGAUGUACUGGGCUACGGCGCAACAUCGCGGUGUGCUUCCCGUGCCACAGCUUCGGGACUUGGUCUACAACAACAGUGAGAUUAUCGUUAAUCGCGCUGUUAGCUUGGCCAGUCCGCCUGAGGGCAACUUGCCCGCGAACCAAACUACGAUUGAUUUGAUUUCGAAGGCUGUGAACCCGCAGCACUUGGCGACUUGUGAUGCUUUGUGGAUGCCAUACCUGUAA